GUGUCGCGGUGACAGAGAGACGAGCAGCUUCUUCUCCACAAACCCCGCUAAACCUCCGCUCCAAGCCGCUCCAAACCGCUCUCCCCCCGAUCAGCCCGGUGGCCGGAGGUCCGCCGUGGUCCGCUUUGAAGCUCGUCCGUCCAGCAGCUCGUGUUGGGUGUUUUUCCGCGGACUUUUAUCCCUUUAGCCUGGUCCGGAGGAGGAGGAGGAGGAGGAGGAGGAGAGAGCAGCUAAAGCUGUGUGAUCAUUGACAGAGUUCAGUACACACCAGCCCCGGCCCAGCCCGGCCCAGCCCGGCCCACAGGCACCAGUACAGGACGGAUAGAUCGGUGUUUCAGCCCGGGGUUCGAGGUAUUACAUAUUUCUUUUCCCAUCCGAACCUCAGUCAAACACUUGACAAAUAAGAAUAGUUUGCCCAUUUUCCAUCAGCUUGUCUGCAGCCCCCUACCUACCCAGACAGUCUUCUGCCCCAGCAUGAAUGAAGUCACUGUUGUUAGAGAGGGAUGGCUCCACAAGAGAGGUGAAUACAUUAAAACGUGGCGUCCUCGUUACUUCAUCCUAAAGAGCGAUGGCUCCUUUAUUGGUUACAAAGAGAAGCCCGAGGUGUCCAGUGACCACAACCUUCCACCUCUCAACAACUUCUCCGUCGCAGAAUGCCAGCUGAUGAAGACGGAGCGCCCAAGGCCCAAUACGUUUGUCAUUCGGUGUCUGCAGUGGACCUCGGUUAUUGAACGAACUUUCCAUGUAGACAGCAAUGAGGAGAGGGAGGAGUGGAUGCGAUCGAUCCAGGCGGUAGCAAAUAGCCUGAAGAGUCAGCAGCAUGAUGAGGAACCCAUGGAGAUAAAAUUUGGCUCACCAAGUGACAGCAGCGGCACAGAGGAGAUGGAGAUUGCUGUGUCCAAAUCCCGUACAAAAGUGACCAUGAGUGAUUUUGACUACCUGAAGCUGCUGGGCAAGGGGACGUUUGGUAAAGUGAUCCUGGUGAAGGAGAAGGCCACAGGAAUGUACUAUGCCAUGAAAAUCCUCCGCAAAGAAGUCAUCAUUGCUAAAGACGAGGUGGCGCACACAGUUACAGAAAGCAGGGUACUCCAAAACACGCGACAUCCCUUUCUAACGACACUAAAAUAUGCAUUUCAAACACACGACCGACUAUGCUUCGUGAUGGAAUACGCAAACGGAGGAGAGCUCUUCUUCCACUUAUCCCGGGACAGAGUUUUCACAGAAGAUCGAGCACGAUUCUACGGUGCAGAAAUAGUGUCAGCGCUGGAGUAUCUACACUCGCGCAAUGUUGUUUACAGGGACCUAAAGCUUGAGAACCUCAUGUUAGACAAAGAUGGCCACAUAAAGAUAACAGACUUUGGGCUGUGUAAAGAGGGGAUCACAGAUGGAGCCACCAUGAAAACCUUCUGUGGGACUCCGGAGUACCUGGCUCCUGAGGUGCUUGAGGAUAACGACUACGGGCGAGCGGUGGACUGGUGGGGACUGGGAGUGGUUAUGUAUGAGAUGAUGUGCGGGCGGUUGCCGUUCUACAACCAGGAUCACGAGCGCCUGUUCGAGCUCAUCCUCAUGGAGGAGAUCCGCUUCCCCAAGAACCUGGCCCCCGAGGCCAAGGCCCUGCUGGCAGGCCUGCUCAAAAAAGAUCCCAAACAAAGGCUCGGAGGUGGACCAGACGAUGCCAAAGAAGUGAUGACCCACAAGUUCUUCACCUCCAUCAACUGGCAGGAUGUUAUUGACAAAAAGCUUAUUCCCCCCUUCAAGCCCCAGGUGACAUCAGAGACGGACACUCGUUACUUUGAUGACGAGUUCACGGCACAGUCUAUUACAAUAACUCCUCCAGACAAGUAUGACAGUUUAGAUGUGGAGGAUUCAGACCAGCGUACACACUUCCCACAGUUCUCCUAUUCCGCCAGCAUACGGGAAUGAUCACUCAGAUUCACAAACAAGCAGGCAGGCUGGCACACGAUCACAAUCCCACAAACACACUUGCACUGCUGAGGAAAUUGAGCGACACAAACGAGAAGUGGCACAAGACACAUUUUCAUUCUGUUUUUAAAACGCACACACAGACGCACACACAGACGCACACACACCACCACCACCACCACCACCACCACACACGUACUGGCAAAUCAGACAAGACACGGAUCAUAGAGUAGGAGAUGAACACACAAACCAGUGACUGACCUCAGCAGGUUUGUGUGGAUGGACUGGCAGCUUUGUCUCUGUACGUCCUCUCAGGGUUGACAGUCGACUUCCCUGCUGGACCUCUGCUGGACUACACUGGGCAACAGAUCAAAGCCUUUACACUUUGAAAACCAGGUUAUCCCACCAAGUACCACCUCUUUACCAGCUGUACCCAUGCCUCUCACACGCACGCACGCACGCACGCACACACACACACACACCCAACAACACCGUUCAUGUAUACACAAACAUACCUAAUAGAAUUUUAAAAAGUAUAAUCAGAAUUAGGAAAAUUUGAAAAUAUUUGGGUGGAAAAGGACAAAUUUUUAUGUCAUCAGUUGUUACGGUUUUAAACAUAAAGCCAUAUUUCAGCUUUUUUGUGAUUUAAAGAAGAAAAAAACAAGUGCUCUUUCUGGAACUUGCUGUUACAAAUCAGUGUAGGAUCUUCCUACAGUAGGGGGAGACGAGGACGAGGGUUCAGACGAGGAGAGUUGCCAUUACUGUGAUUGCACUGCACAAGUGUAAAUGCGGAUGGACAAAAGGAUAUGAAUGUAUGCGUGUGUGCAGGGAUUGCAAGUGAAUGAAUGAACAACCAUUUUGAUUUCCAGUCAUCCAGCUGAGUCUUGUCUGUUUUUAUGCAUGUUUUUAAACUCAAAUUUUUCGCUGGAAUAUCGUCGACAGAGGACACUACAUGGCACACUCAAUGGGCUGUCUUUUUUUUUUUUUUUUGUUUUUUUUUCUAAGGGAACAGGCUUGUAAUUUACGAUUACUGUGACCAGCUUGCCGCUACGUUGACUCAGUCAAGAUUACAAAGAUCUAUUGCAUGGCUUAACCUUUGCUCCAUUGAUUUAACUCAAAGUGAUGCAGCACUCAUGCACUUAGAGUCCAGGUUACUGUGUCCGUACUUGGAGAACAACUAGUCACUGGUUUGAAGUGUAAGGAGGUCCCGGGCCAGUCUCAGUGCUGAAGACUGUAAACGGAGAAGGAGAGAGGAAAAUAUAGACAAGGCUUUUGACCACGGUUCCUCACCAACCUGUCCAUAAAGACCAAUGUGAUGAGAACAGCUUCUUCGCUGUCUUCUGUCCAGUAAAUCUCACUCCCUAGCGGAAAAUUUAGGAACGAUCUUUUGUUUAUUUUUCUAUUUGUAAUAUCAGUGCUAGUUUUUGAAAUAUUUUUUUUGAAUUAAGCAUUUGAUUGUCACAAUAUUUAAGGAAUGAAAGAGUUCAAUCUUUGGUAAGAAGCCAAAAAAAGGACUUGUUGGAGGUUUGACACUUCAUAUGAUUCCACGUUUGAUGUUAAGUCUUUGAUUUGUGUUUUCUUAAAUGCUGUGUCAAGGCACUUAAAUGUAUGUUAGUUGCAUGUCUGCGGCAACAGAUUCACGGUUCAGCUAAAUGCUGCACGAGCUGUCGCACCAGCCUACAGCCUGCAGAAACGAGGAACCACACAAAACAUCAGCUGUACUGCUAAGCCGAAGUAAAAAAUCUGUAUAAUUUUAAUCUUGGUAGCACGUGAUUUAGAGAAGCCGUGGACAGUGUAUUGAAAAGUGCACAAAAAGACACAAGUGUUUUUGUUUUUUUUAUUCGAUAAUGCUGGAAGAGACGUUUGUUGCCCUUUUAAGUUUUUACUAAAGGAACAUCUACACCAUUUUUUGUCAUUGUUUUUGUUUGUUGUGUUUUAUCCCUUUUUUUUGUCCAUCUUUUUCUCAAAUUUUGGAAGAUGCAUUGUCUUGUUUAAGUAUACGUUAUAUAAAAUAUAUAUAUUAAAACAUUUUUUAAACCUAUUUCUUUAUGUUUAUUUUUGUUUUUUUUUCAUUAAGGUCAUUAUUGUAAGGGGUACCCCUCGGAGGAUUGCAAUUUUAGCAGCGUUUAUAUCCAGAAAAGCCGCCCGAUUCCAAAUCUGCUGUCAAAAACUGAAUUCACUGCUUUUAAAGAGCAUUAUUAAUUCUUUAAAUCCAUUAUUAAAAUGACUUUGUUCAACUAAAAAGCCAGCAAUAAAGUUUUAAUGGGUUCUCCUGAUUAUAUUUAAUUCAAUGGUAUCAAGAGCUGUCCUUUAACAUGUUCAACAAUAGCACUGAAAAUGAUAUAUAUCUCUCUCUAUAUAUAUAAAAAAAACAUUUGAUUUUUUUGAUUAUUUUUUUUCUCUGCCAAGUAUCAGUAACAUUUGUUUUUAAAAAGUUUGCACAAACAAAUGCAGCUUUCUCUGGGACAUCCUCCUGCCACAUUCUAAUAUGUUUUGUUUGCUUUCCUUCUUUUUCGUUCUUCGUUUGUGUGGGUGACGGAGUGCCUGCACGAUGUUAGAGUGAGAGUUCUAAUAUAAAAUACAUAUAUAGUAUAUGCUACAUAUAUACUGUAUAUGUAGAAAAAGCAGCAGGGUUUUGACUUGGCAGUGACCAUGAGGUGGCCUCAGUUCCUGCAGACAAUAAUGUGAUCAAAUGGCUUUGAAUGGCACCUCACAACUCCAGCACCUCUUCUCACUGGCUCAAGCACAGCCCUCAUUCUCUGUCCCAGAGUCCUGCCUUGGAAACAGCAGGGCAGGAUAUCAGAGCCUUUGCACCGAUGGACUCCGCUGUGGACUUGCCUUCAUUGCUACCAUGGCCAAAGGGGUUGCUGCUGGACUCUUUGGUUGUAAAGCCAUACACUGAACCUCGCUGCUGGCCACGCUUUAAGCAAUGCUUCACAGCCAAACAUGCAAGUUAAUACCCCUGACCUCUCCUGUAGGCAUACACUGGCACAACAAGUGCCUCUUCAUUAUUGUGUAAAUACCAAAAAAAUAAAA